AAAGAAAAAUCCAUAAAUAAUCAGAAAUAAAAAACAAGUUUAACUCAAAACAUCAUUUUGUAUUUAUAAAGCGACUAACUAAAUGUUACACGUGUGAGUGUGCUGAGGGGGCGGGGUUACUGAGGUUUAAGAGUUCAUAACUCACACACAUGGUCGACCAAUCAGAAGAGGCCGAGGGGCAGAGAGCCGGUCACAGUGGACAUUCACACCGAGGACGGAGAGGAGGACAGUCGGCUUCGUCUUCGUCUUCCACUUCCACUUCUCCUCUUUCUUCUUCUUCUUCUCGUCGUCUCUUCUCUGAGUUCUCGCGCUCGGCGGCGGCGAGAUGGCCAUCCCGCGGAUGUUCGACUCCAACACGCCGUUCGUCAUCGUGACCGGAGGAUCCUGACUCUCGCUCCUCGGCAAAGAGGAAAGCAGCCAAGGCCGCGAGGAGGAAGAGGAGGAGGACUCGCUGGUCCGGGCCAUCGGCCCUCACCUGAGCCGGGUGAUGCGCCGCGGCACGGCCAAUCACGCGGUCGCGGAGGGGCGGGACGCCACCGAGGAGAACCAAUGCGUCUCCAUCGUGGCGCAGGCGGAGAGAGAAGACUUCCAGGAGUUCAGCCCCACCGACACUCAGAGCCUGCACUGCCCCGCCCGGCUGCUCCAGAGGCUCAGGUCUCUCAGCGUGGACGCCGCCCUCCUGAGUGACUCCGAGGACGGUGAGGACAUCGAUGUUGUGGCCAAACUCCCGCUCCACCAGCUCCAGAGGAAACAACGCAGGAAAACCGGCCGACGGAGCCACGGGGCGGGGGGCCGGCCUCCCCUCAUCCAGGGCCUCUGGGUGCAGGAGCUCGAUUGGCUGAAGUCCACGAGCAGAGAGUCGUCGGCCGCGUCGUCCCCGGCCGACAUCAUCCCGCCUCCUCCUCAGUUCACCGACCGCAGCCCCGGAGCCGAGGAGGACCGCUACAGACCGGCGGGCUCGGACUCCGACUGCAGCCCGAACCAGAACUCUGAGUCGGUUUACUCGUCGGACUCGUCCUGCGCCGCGGAGGACGGUUCGGGAUCCGGAGCGUCGGCCGUAGCCUUUGACCUGAUGCAGGUGUCUGGUUGCACCUCCUCCUGGGAGACAGACUACACAGGGGUGGGUGUGCAAAGCCCUCUGGGAGUUUCAGACUCAAGCUCCGCCCACGGCCCCGCGGAGGCCUUCGGUGUGGAUGACACGGAGACGCUGCUGCGCGGCCUGAGAGGCCGGGUGACGCGGCGGCCGAGGAUCUUCGCUUCAUCUUUCUUCAGAGAUCUGAUGAAGCGGUCGGCGGACGGCUGGGAGAGCGCGCCGCUGAACGAAGGACUCGUGUUUCAUCACCAGCUUCAGCCGAGCGGCUGCCGGUACCGGGAGGGCGAGGAGUACCGCGUCCUGCACCACAUCCACAGCGGCUCGUACGGCGACGUCUUCUGCGUCCGGGACCGACGCACCGGAUUCACAUGUGCCGCCAAGAGGGUCCCACUCGGUCACUUCAGCAGCCGGGAGGUGAGCGCGUGGAGCGCUCUCAACUCCCCCCGGGUGGUGGAGCUCUUUGGGGCCGUCAGGGAGGGCCUCAACGUCGUGCUCUUCAUGGAGCUGAAGCCAGCAUGUCUGGCCCAACUUCUGAAGGAGAUGAACUCCCUUCCCGAGGAUUUGGCCCUGCACUACCUCCACCAGGCACUGGGGGCGCUAGAGCACCUGCACCACAGGCAUGUCCUUCACCUGGAUGUCAAAGUGGACAACGUGCUGCUGUCUGCAGACUGCAGAGACGCCUUCCUCUGUGACUUUGGUCUCUCAGAGACUUCCGAUGACGACGGAGGGAGAACCGACGCAUUCAGGGUAGGAGCCGCCUUCCCCGGCACGGAGACCCACAUGGCCCCCGAGGUGGCUCGAGGGGAUCGCCCACGCGGCGCGGCGGACGUGUGGAGCAGCUGCUGCAUGCUCCUGCACAUGCUCAACGGAUGCCACCCGUGGAUACGCUACUACUCCCAUCCGCUGUGCCUCCAGAUCGUCAACGAGCCGCCUCCUCUGUGGGAGGUGCCGUCCACCUGCAACAACUUCACGGCCAAGGUGUUCAGGGCCGGACUCCGGAAGGAUCCGGGGAGACGGGCGUCGGCAAAGGAGCUCCGGAGGAAGACCACGAAGGCCCUGAGAGCAGUCGGAGGUCUGAGCCCCCGGUCCGUGAAAAGUGCCCGCGAGAAGCUGCAGAAUGACAAGAGCCGGAAUGAGGACACGCCCUUCUCUCCGUCACCCGGGAUCAAUCCAACGAAACCAUCGACCACGAUGUACUGGGUGAGCCCCUGGAGGACGACAGCAGUGGACGAGGACAGCACCGGCUACGGAGACUCGAACCAAGACUCUGAGGCAGAGUCCGACUCCCUCACCAGGGAAUGGGAGUCCCGGCCUAAACCGCUGCAGGACGAUUACUGGGACACCGGCUCCGACUCAGAGGUCGAUAUUUACAUGGCCGAGGAGGAGCAUGUUCAGGGAAAGUGGCCGAAGAGUGACAGGGACUACGAGGGGGACUGGGAAGAAGAGGAAGAGGAGGAGGAGGAGGAAGAGUGGGACUCGUCCGAGUCUACAGAGUAUCUCCGAGCCCUCCGAGGCAUUUUCCCUCUGCUGAAAAAAGGCCAACAGACCAAUGACAGUCCAUGGGGAUCCGAGCCAGAGCAGGAAGACCUCCGAGAAGAGGCGGCUAUCGGCACCACAGUGCAGACCCCAUCCCCCGAACCCAGAGACGACCCCCCGUCCUGUUUCAGCUGCUCGGACUCCCUCGCCGAACAGGAGUCCGAUCAUUCGUCCGAUGACCUGAGCUCCGGAGUCUUCUCCUCCAGCAACAGUCACACAGACGGACACAUAGAGUGGUUGGCCUCGGACAACCAGCCCUCCUCGUACUGCUUCGAAGGUGUUGACAUCUGGAUUGAGAACGUGCGGGGCGAGUGUCUGAGGAUCCGGGAACGUCGGCAGGUCAAAGUGGGACAUGUCGCCAUCGGGAUUAGCGAUCAGAUCUCGACAGCCUUCACGUUGGAGACCCUGGACAGGAAGACGGUUUCCUUUGAGCAGGAGAUCCGAGAGUCGUGCCUGUGGCUGCGCUGCGUUCCCGCUCCGGACCGCUGUCAGCGCUGGAGGUGGAGAGUCACCGACGGCAAGCUGGAACUCCGAGAAUGAGGGAAAAAAUGUUAUUUGUUUGUUUUUUUGCACUAAUUUAGUAAUCGAUUGCUGAUACGUGCUGAUGAGCUGAUAAGACUGGUAGUAUAAACAUAUGUAUAAAUACGCAAUGACUCGUGGAGCAUUUAUUCCUGAAGAGCAUCUUCUGAAAAUCUAUUCUACAGUCAGAUAAUAUGGCAGACGACUUCAUAUUAUAAACUCAACAUGAGGAAAAACAUUGUGCAUCAUGUUUGACUUUAGAGGAACAACAUCAUGAUGUAAACAGAGUCUAUAGUCCUUGAUCCUGGACCACGAUGGAUCCAGGUCUCUGCAACAGUCACAGACCUCCCGCUGCUUCGAGACAGCCAGGAGCAUGCUGGGUAGUGGAGUAGCCUCAGGUCUGAGCUGCGGUUAGCUUAGCUUCCAUCUCAGCACUCAUCCGGGGGACAGUUUGUAUAUUUAUUUAUACAUAUAUAUAUAUAUAUAUAUAUUUAAAUAUAAAUAAUAUUAUUAUUCAUUAAAAAAACAAAUUAGAUAUAAAUACAAUUGUUUAUAAAAAUCAUUUAUUUGUCCAUAAAAAAUAAUAUAUAUUUUAUUUUUUUAUUUUUAUUAUUUAGAACAAAAAUAAUAUACAUAUUAUUUUUUAUGAAUACUUUUUUUCAUUUAAAUAUAUUAUUUAUAUAAAUAUAAAAUAGGACAGCUGGUGCUUUUGGGUAAUAACAUUUGAGUGGGGAUUUAAUCAGCGACGUGUGAUUUUAAAACUGAUUUUCUCUUUGUGAAGGUGUUUUUAUGUUUAUCUUACUUUCAGUUCUCUUUGUUUCCUCUGUAAUCUGUUAAAUGUGUCAUAAUCCUCGGUGCCCUUUUAAAAUGCUGUUAAGAGCGAAGCUGCCUAAAAACAGCGAAUAACUGUAAUAUUACAUGAGCCCUCAACACUGUAAUACUUGAUCAAUACUGACAUUUUCUAUCUUAAUAAAACUGUUUUCAAUAAAACUCA